AUGGAUGGUGAACCAUUAGACCGGCGCACAACAACACAAACAAUAGCAACAACAACAAUUGCAGAUGCCUGCCAGUUGGGGUCCCCCGAAUUUGACUAUCGGCAUGAGCUGAUGGGUCGUUUGCACAAAAUCGAGCCAGACGUUGAACUUGAAGUAUUAUCCGCCGCCGCGCCACACCACCACCACCAUCACCAUCACCUGCACCAUCAUCAGCAUCAUCAUCAGCAUUUGCAUCAGCAUCAACACCAGCAUCAAUUGUUUUCGCCGCAAAGCAAUCAUAGUGGCAGUAAUACGCUCGAUCAUUGGCAGCAGCAUCAACAGCAGUUGCAUCACUCUGCCACCACCUCCGCCAUCACCGCUGCCAAUAGUAGCAACAGUGGUAGCGGUAGCAAUCAUGAACAUGCAACUUAUGUUCAACACUCAUCGGCAUCCACCUCGGUUGUGGUGUCGGCAUCCACAACGGUUACAGCACUCUCGCAGUCAACAUCCUCUGCCUCAGUUGGCGCUGGCGCUGUGCAACAAAAUGCCGCGUCAUCAUCAUCAACAUCCGCCUCGGCUAGUGAUAAUCCCGCCGAUACUUCAAACUCUCCGCAUGCGAGUGCGAAUGUGUCAUAUGCGGGUUGUGCGUCUGCGUACGACAGCAGUGCGGCAGUGGCGUAUGAAAUAGCCAGCGCCUAUGGUGCGACGGCGUCGGCGACCGCAGUGUCGGUAGCCGAUAAGGAAUAUUUAUUUGAUACCAAAAACAAAGAGGCUCUUUGCAAUCCCUACGCUGACCUCGAUGAUCCCUACCAACGGCCAGCGCUGUGGGAGGAUAUCGCCAGCUCAAUACAAAAUAUCGAUCCUGAGAAUGCGCUCAUGCUCGGCUCAAGCUCAAAUUCAACGGUGGCCGGUGGCGUGACAUCACACUUAGCGCUCAUCGGCGGUGGCAGCGGCAACAGCAGCAGUGGCACUAGCAAUGCCGGCAGCAGUGGCUUGGAUGCGACCAACACACUGCUGCCCCAAGUGAAAAUGGAGGCACUCGAUGAUACGUUGCUGGAAACAUUGUCCACCCCAUUGCUCAGUCCUAUGGAGAUCAAGACUGAGAAGCCAGCGCUACAGCAACACACACACCUGCACGCACAACAACAACCACAACAACACUAUGCGCACUAUCAACUGCCAUCACAGCACCACCACCAUGGGCAACAGCAGCAGCAGCAGCAGCAUCUGCAACAACAACACCAGCAACACCUCUAUCAACACCAUCCCAGUUUAGGUGGAAAUAGCGGCAUUGCGGAUGUUGCUCUCGCCAACGGUGAUGAUACUAUAACGCUAAUGCAAUUGCAUCAGCAACACCAGCAACAUCAUCAUCAGCAGCAGCAGCAGCAACAUAUGGCCGCCUCCUUGCAUAGCAGCAAUAGCAAUAGUCCUAAUCAACCAAAUCGUUGCAGUAGCACCGCAAGCAGUCACAAUGCUGAGCUGAGUGGCAGCAGUAGUGGUGCAGGUGUUAGUGGCGCCUUAAAUGGCAGUGAUAAUAAUAAUAGCAAUAAUAUUUCCUAUCAACAAUAUGCAUCUCAACAACAACAACAACAACAUCAACAUUUAAGUAGCAACAAUAAUUAUCUCAAUGAUGGCGGUGGUUGUGGUGGUAGCAGUGGUUCCUCCUCUGCGGCGAAUGUGACAAUCAGCACGUCCGUAACGUUGACCAACUUAACAGCGGCAACGUCGCUGGAUGGCAAUGCGGGCAAUAAUAAUAAUAAUAACAAUAACGCCACAAUGAAUAACAACUUGAAUGCAGGCUACGGUUAUAGUUGGCACAGCAAUCAGCCGUAUCACCACAAAUACCAAAUACCGCCACCACCUCUAACAAACUCAACGCUGCACCAGCAGCAGCAACAACAACACCAGCCAUCACAAUCAAAUCCGCAACUUUGCCCACCUGCAGCACCAACCGGCAAUUCAAUGUCAACGCGACACAUAUUCGUACCGCCAUUGACGCCGCCCAGCUCAGAUCCCGGAAGUCCGGGUAGUUCAAUGGUUGCCGCGGCAGCGGCUGCAUCAGCGAAUCGACGCACUACACCACCGCCACCUUAUCAACAGCAGCAACAACAACUCACGAAUGGCACGACAACAAUGACGCCACUACACCCCUCCGUACACCAUUUAAGUCCAGGACGUACGCUCACCACGCUCGGCUCUAAUGGUUGCGGUAUUGGCGUUGGCAUCGAUAUCGGCAGCGGACUGCAUGGCGUUAACAGCAAUGGUAUCGGCGGCGGCGGCGGCGGCGGCGGCAGUGGUAGUGGCCUAAUGGGUAACAGUCGGGGGCGAGGGCGUGGUAACGGUGCUAGCACACCGGCACACCUGGCAAAUUUGAUUGUGCCAACGAUACGCACGGUGCGCUAUAAUCGGCGUAACAACCCGGAGUUGGAGAAGCGGCGCAUACAUCAUUGCGAUUUUGAGGGUUGUACGAAGGUCUAUACGAAGAGCUCACACCUGAAGGCGCACCAGCGUAUACAUACGGGCGAGAAACCCUACACCUGCCAAUGGCCCGAGUGUGAAUGGCGUUUUGCGCGCUCCGAUGAACUGACGCGUCACUAUCGCAAACACACCGGUGCCAAACCCUUCAAAUGCGUUGUCUGCGAGCGAAGUUUUGCGCGCUCCGAUCACUUGGCAUUGCACAUGAAACGACAUUUGCCCAAAAACAAGUAGAAGUAUGCCUAAAGAAAAUUGAAAGCAAAAAAAAAAACAUAAUAAGGAAGUCAAAAUUGAGCUGAUGGGAAAAUAGCAAAGCAAGCAAGUGAAAAGACAGCAAGCAGCACAAAAGAAAACCUAGCAACAAGCAACUAUUAGCAAUUAAGCGCACAAAAUGCAGCUAGUGGAAGAAGAUAUAAAAAAGUGAAUAAAUUUAAAACACAAAACAAAACAAAAAACAGAAAAGAAG